AUGUCUUCCACUCACAACAAGAAGGACUUUGUUAUUAGGUAAAACUUCCUAUUCUUCUGUACCGAUAUUCGAAGGUAACCCCUUUAUUGAUAUCUUUUCUAAAUAAUCAUCACGUUAGUUCCAGUUGCACUUCCAAACUUAACCCCUCUGCAAAGCAUGACCACACUCCUCCUGUCGCCUCAAAACCCAAGCAGGACGACAGCAGCAAAGAAGGUACUGCAGCUUACCUCAAAGAUUCGACAUAUGAAGUCCCUGAGUAUCGAUACUCUUCGGAUACGGAGAGCAUAAACGCUCAUACGGAGCGCAUGAAAUAA